CUGAGUGUUAUUCCUUGAUUACCAGUACAUGCUUCGGAGCACUAAACAUCGAACUUUGACUAUUCUGCAUCACCCGCAUGACAUCGUCCGAGGAAGAAACCAGUGCCGCUAUUUCGUCCCACACAAGCGCCAAGAAACGCAGAGUUCAGCGAGCUUGUGAUGUCUGUCGGCGCAGGAAGAGUCGCUGUGACGGAGAUCGGAUGCUAGGAAGCAAGUGCACGACCUGUUCCAUGAACGAUUUGGAGUGUACGUAUGUAGAGGCAGGAAAGAUACGUCGAGUAUCGAAAGACAGAUACGUUGAAAGUCUGGAGAGCAGACUUCAACAAAUGGAGAGACUGUUUUCCAAGUUAUGCCCCGAUCUCGAUGUUGCCGAGCAACUUCGGAACGAAGCUGGGAAUGACGUUCAGACAGGGCACGGCACAGCCCUAUCCUCUUCACCCUCUUCCGUGUCGCAGCCGCUGUACCGAUCAUCCACUCUCGGGUCAAGACAUCAGUCCCCCACCCUUGAGGAUCCCGUGUCAAGCGACGAAGAGGUGGAUAUGCUUGACCUCAAGCUGACUGAAAGUAUCCGCAAAAUGGCGAUCGACCCAACACGCCAUCGGUUCUUUGGUAAAUCGAGCGGACUAAAGCUCAUUCAGCAGGCACUAGACCUCAAGAAGGAGCACACUGGUGAUCGAGCAGAGAAUAUGCUCGAUGUCUUUUAUCGCAAAGAGCCAACUUUCCUCCGCACCCGUCAGUGGGAGAACCUAGGCAGAAACAUGGAAGAGCCACAGUACUCCUUCCCAGAGCCCGACCUGUGUUGCAAGCUCAUCGAUCUGUACUUUACCUACAACAAUCCUAUCACGCCUGUGCUUCACCGCCCGACAUUCGAGCGCAAAUAUGCCGAUGGGUUGCACCUCCGCGACUCGGCGUUUGGAGCCGUCGUCCUCCUGGUGUGCGCGGUUGCUUCACCGGGAUGUGAUGAUCCUCGGGUGCUGCUUCCGGGGAUUGAGACCGAGCACUCAGCGGGACGGCAGUAUUUUGAGCAGGUGCAGAUCAUGAGAACGACGCUGCUGGCACCACCGUGUCUGGAGGAUAUGCAGGUGUAUUGUCUGUCCGCGAUUUAUGUACAGGGGACGUCGACGCCUCAAGCGUGUUGGACAAUUGUUGGAAUCGGCAUCAGGUUGGCCCAAGACGUUGGUGCUCAUAGGCGAAAGGUGUACAACCGUAAACCGACAGUUGAGGAUGAGCUUUGGAAGCGCGCUUUCUGGAUUCUGGUUAGUCUCGACCGAGCAUACAGCACCGGCUUAGGCAGACCUUGUGCGAUACAAGACACCGACUAUGAUCUUGAUUUUCCUGUUGUUUGCGACGACGAGUACUGGGAACAUCAAGAUCCAGAGCAAUCUUUCAAGCAACCGCCAGGCAAACCGUCUUACGUUGCGUACUUUGUCAGUGCUCUUGAGCUCGGCCAGGUUUUGGCUUUCGCGCUACGGACUAUCUACUCUAUCAACAGGUCGAAGGUCAUGCUUGGCUUUACCGGACAUAAGUGGGAGCAGCAUAUCGUCUCCGAGCUAGAUUCUGCGCUGAACAAGUGGAUCGACUCAGUCCCAGAUCAUUUAAGAUGGGACCCAAACAUACAAGACCCUACUUUCCUCCUCCAAUCCUGUGCACUUUAUGCGGGCUACUAUUAUACGCAGAUCCUUGUCCACCGUCCAUUUAUCCCUUCGGCUCGAAAGCCAUCGCCGCUAUCUUAUCCCUCGCUUGCAAUAUGUACGAACGCAGCACGCUCGUGUUGUCACGUCGUUGAUGGAUACGUGCGGCGAGCUGGUAUGGAUAUGUCCCCGCUCCCCAUUGGAAUUCAGUCCGCAACCGUCACAUCGGGUAUUGUGCUUUUGGUCAGUAUCUGGGGCGGCAAGCGGUCCGGAAUGGUAAUCAAUCCUGAGAAGGAGAUGGUGGAUGUGCACAAGUGCAUGGCUGUGCUCAAGCUUUGCGAGAGGCGAUAUCCUUUUGCGGGUAAAUUUUGGGAUCUCUUGUACGAGCUCGCGUCCGCGGGCGACCUUCCGCUUCCGCAAGCAAGGCCGACGGGAGCGGUCAAGCGCGAGCGGGAAGAGGAUCUAUCCUCUGUGGCGUCCGUCCUGCAAGCUGAACAGCCUGAAUCUGAGCCACGCAAUAUCGCAAGGCUGCGUCGUGUUGCGCGGAGUAGCACCGUACAGCCUGACAUGCAUACGCAGAGCAUCCAAGCACCAUCAACAUCGUUCAUUCAGGCUACGUCAACGACGCACCUCUUCAACGAACAGCCCCAACGUCAACAUCAGUCCCAGCAACAGACGGCGAAUGAUCAAAUGAACCUUGGCGCAACUGCAUUGUCGACCUCGCAGCCCCCUCAAACGCAACACGUUCUUCGCUCUGGCGAUCUUGACCCAUUUGGAGCGUGGCUUGAUGUUGGCGCCACUAGUCUAGACCCGUCCUCAAUCAUGGCGGCUUACGAUACCUCAAAUGUUGGGGAUACCAGUGAAAUUAACGGCUUUCAUGCGCAAGAAUUUGUUGCGGAUGGUAGCGACAACUCAACUGCGACCUCGCAUGUACCUUAUGGAUUCGACCACUUCUUGUUUUACCUCAUGCAGCAGCAGCAGCAGCAGCACCCAAGUAUCGGCAUAGAUGGCUCUGCUAUGACCGGAUUCGAGAAUACGGGCACGAACGGAAUGGCGAUGACUCCGCAGGCGACCGCGUCAGACAUUGGUUCGAGCCACACGGAUGGCAAUGGGACGGUGAUGUGGUCGAGCACCCCGACGGAUUUUCAAGUGAACGAUUGGGGUUCGUACCUUAGCAAUGCCUCUGGAACGAAGUACGGCGAUGGGACACAGCCGCAGCAUCGGCAAGAUCGUAGCUCAUGAACCGGAGGUGCGGAGAAUCCUUCGAUAGCCAGAAAUCAAGUGGCCUCGAUGCGACAACGGUUAUGAUUAAGUUUGCGAUUUAUCAAAGGGCGUACUUCUAUAACUGCA